UAUUUCUGUGCAUUAUAUUUACUUUAAAUAAAAAAAUAACCUUGUUUUCAUUAAAAAAUAAGUUUAUUUACUACACAUAGUGUCCUUAAUUUUAAGCAAAUAAAUUUUAUGCUAGUAUCUAACGUGUAACAACCAAUGAGAUAAAUAUUAAUACUAAAUUAAACGGCGGACCAUUGAGCUGACAAGAUGAAAUUCGCCGAACAUCUCUCGGCGCAUAUAACGCCGGAAUGGCGCAAGCAAUACAUCAACUAUGAGGAAAUGAAAGCCAUGCUCUACAUGGCGGUCGAGGAAGCGCCCUCUGUCGACAGCGUUGAAGAUGAGGUGCUCAAGCGACAUUUCGCCAAUUUCGAUGAGAAUUUCUUUCACUACUGCGACAAGGAAUUGAAGAAGAUCAACACAUUCUACUCGGAAAAGCUGGCUGAGGCCACACGUAAAUUCGCCACACUCAAUGCCGAGUUGAAGACGUGCAUCGAGGAGUCGGAGCGUUCGGCGAAAAAAUCGAAAUCGUUGAAAAAACCCGGUUUACCGCAUCGCAAAGUUGCCGAGCUGAGAUUGGCGUUCAGUGAAUUCUACUUGAGCUUGAUUUUGUUACAAAACUAUCAGAAUUUAAAUCACACCGGUUUUCGAAAAAUUCUCAAGAAGCAUGAUAAGCUACUGCGCGUCGACACCGGUGCCAAGUGGCGUCAGGAAUACGUUGAGGCCUCACAUUUCUUCACCAACAAAGAUAUCGAUAAUAUUAUCAAUGAAACUGAGACCACGGUCACGACUGAAUUGGAGAGCGGUGAUCGUACGCGCGCCAUGAAACGUUUGCGUGUACCACCGUUGGGUGAACAACAGAGUCCGUGGACCACAUUUAAAGUGGGUCUCUUUUCGGGCAGUUUCAUUGUGCUCGCCAUAGUGGUGAUAUUGUCGGCAAUUUUCCACGAUAUUACUGGCGAAAAUCUCAAAGUCACCUUCCGUCUGUAUCGCGGUCCGUUGCUCAUCAUUGAAUUUAUCUUUCUAAUUGGCGUUAACAUCUACGGCUGGCGUUCAUCGGGUGUCAAUCAUGUGCUCAUCUUCGAAUUAGAUCCGCGUAAUCAUCUCUCCGAACAGCAUCUGAUGGAAUUAUCUGCGAUAUUUGGCGUAAUAUGGACGUUGAGUAUGUUAAGCUACUUAUAUAGCGCCAGCUUGAGUAUACCGGCUUUCAUUAAUCCGCUUACACUAACAAUUGUGAUGGUGGCAUUCUUGCUGAAUCCAUUUCACGUUUUUCACCACGAUGCGCGUUUCUGGUUGCUGCGCAUAACUGGUCGUAUGGUGGCAGCGCCAUUCUUCCAUGUCGGUUUCGCUGAUUUCUGGCUCGGCGAUCAGCUGAAUUCACUCACCACAGCUUUGUUGGAUUUCGAGUAUUUGGUGUGUUUCUACUUCACCAAUGGCGAUUGGUUUGAGGCGCGAGAUGCCACCGCAUGCAUGGAAAAAGAUUUUAUUAUACGUCCGAUAUUCAAUUGCUUGCCAGCGUGGUUCCGUUUCGCGCAGUGUCUGCGUCGUUAUCGCGAUACGCGUGAAGCCUUCCCUCACUUGGUGAAUGCUGGAAAGUAUUCGAGCACUUUUGCUGUGGUGAUAUUCGCAACGUUAAGGAGCUUCAAUGGACACUACUACUCAAGUACAUUUGAUAAUCCAUACACCUGGCUGUGGAUUAUUGCCUCCAUUAUCUCCUCAUGUUAUGCUUACACUUGGGAUAUAAAGAUGGAUUGGGGUCUCUUCGAUAAGAAUGCGGGCGAGAACACAUUUUUGCGUGAGGAAAUCGUUUACUCAACAGGCUUCUACUACUUCGCCAUCAUCGAAGAUUUGGUGCUACGUUUCCUAUGGGCCUUAUCAUUUUAUCUAACCGAAAUGAAAAUUGUUAGCGGCGAUAUUAUGUCAUCCAUAACGGGUAUUUUGGAAGUAUUCAGACGUUUCGUUUGGAACUUCUUCCGCUUGGAGAACGAACAUCUCAACAAUUGCGGUAAGUUCCGUGCCGUACGCGAUAUUUCAAUUGCACCCAUCGAUUCAUCGGAUCAAACGCAAAUAUUGCGCAUGAUGGACGAGCCGGAGGGCGUUAUAAAUCGUUAUACGAAAACUAAUCGUCCCAAACCGAAAAAGAAUAAGGAUCCCGAGAAGCGUAGCUUGCUACAGCAACGUGGUUCACUGCAGGAUCUUACCAUCGAUAUUGAUGGCACGAAGAAAUUGUAAAUUCGUGCGUUUAAAUGAUCUUAAACUAAAACUUAAGUAACAGUGAAGUACUGAAAAGCGCUGAUCCCACUUGAAAUAACAGUAAAGAAAUGUAUGCUUCCAUUGUGCGAAUUGUAAGGUAUAUUAGUGAAAACGUAAAACUUAGCCAAUAAGCCAUAAUAGUGUAAUAAUGAUGAUAAUGUAUACGUUUGCCAGCCAGCCAGCCAUCUUUCAUACACUCAAACAUAGCUACAUUUAGUACAAUUUUCUUUUGGGCAUUAAUUUAAGUACUUAAAGUUAACGCAGUUUGCGAUUCUUAUUUUCUAUUUUAUACCACCUACCGCUAUUUGCCAACAGUACUUUCAGUUCAAUACGAAGUGUGAAAAGUGAAAUCCACACUAUUUACUAUAAUUAUUUGCAUAAAACAAUAUAUCUAACUAUAUAUUCGGCAGUAUUACUUAUGUAUGUAAUUACAGUUAAUUUUUCGUACUUACACAUUUUUGAAAAGUUUAUAUAUUUUUGUUUGUUUUCUUUUGUUAUUUUGUACUAACCAAACAACGUGCAAGAGAAUGUGGUAUGCAAUUGAAAAGACAAGACAACUAAAACCCCUUAGACUUAGUAUACAUUUAAAUAUAUACAUAAAUAUAUUUGUAGUUUAUGCAAUUAAGUAAUCGUUAGCGACAUUACCUUUUGUUAACCCAAAACAUUCCCCCAAUUGGACUUUUGCUAAAAUGUUAAACAUUUACAACAAAAAUACGUAUUGAUAAUUAGCUAAAAAAAAAUUAAAAUUUUUAACAAUUUUGCUAUAAAAAAAAUUUUGUUAUUACACUUUUUCAAACAUA